CACAAACGUUUGCUGCAUUGUUCACCAGACUGUCUUUCCUGUGUGUUUAAGACUGGGCCAUAAUCCACAUUUACCCCGUAUACAGAGAUUGUGUCAGAAGAGCCUGUUCGAAGAUGGAUCAUGGAUAUGUGCCUAAACAUGAUCUACGGAUAGUGUUAAUGGGUCCAGCUGGCCCUUGGAGAGGCUUUGUCAGUCAGGACAUUAUGGGGUUGUGGUGCGAUGGGUCGAUUCGCUUGGAGAGAAAAGGAUCUGGCCGGACAGUCACCAUGGUGAUGACCCAAGGCUGGGACAGUCAUUUGCAACACAUUUUUGGUGCUGCAGUAGAACAGGAGGUCAUGAGAAGCGUGACCCUUUGCCCUCCAGGGCCGCACGCUCUCCUGCUGGCGCUGCCCAUCGGGCCCGACGUGGGCAUCACGAGGCGUGACGUGGAGAGGGCACAACAGCACAUGAGCUUCCUGUCUGAGAGAGCCUGGAGACACACCAUGGUUGUGUUCAUCUGCACCUACAAAAUAAUGUCUAACAAGAUCUUGCUGGACAGACACAUUCUAGGGCAGCUUGUAGAUAGAUGCGGAGGAGGACAUUCUAUUAUUUUUGUGGACAGGCCAAACUCUUCUGAGCUUUUACAGAAGGUAGAUGAAAUGAUGGCCAGCAACAGACAAGAUUUCCUUCAACAUCAUGAGGUGAAAAGGCCGAGACCAACCAUACAAGCAGAACAGCGUGCCAGGUCAUCAGGGCCACGACCAGCAACGACACAUAGAGAGGUGUCACAGUUUGACCUGUUGUAUGGAAUAAAAAUUAUUUGUGGUGCGGUUUUAUUUAUUGGUUGUUUUUCGUUUCUUUGGCUUGUUGUUGUGAUUGUUUGGUUGAAAGUAUGCAUGUUUGUUUUUUCGUAUGGUUCGUCUUAGGUCUAUCAUAAGCGAUGGCUUUGAAACACUUACAAACGAUGCAGGACUAUGGCCAGUUGCAUGUUUCUGCGACGUCAGGAGUAAUAGAUUGGCAUCGGAAGGCGUUAGGUCCAAGUGGUUUAAUAUUUGGCAAAUCCAUCCUAUCCCAGU